AUGGAUUUACCCAAUACCAUCGAUUACAUUUUGGAGAAGACCCAGCAGACGCGUCUUCACUAUUUGGGACAUUCUCAGGGUACUGCGAUUUUAUUUGUUCUGCUUUCCAUGCAACCGGAAUAUAAUCGAAAAUUAAAAUCGCUGCAUAUGUUUGCACCAAUUGCCUAUCUCAAGCAUGCACGAGCUCCGCCGAUCCUUUACUUGGCGCCCUUUGUAAAUAUGCAUACCCCAAUGGAUGGCCUGGUGAGUUAUACCACUACGAGGUAUAUACCGAUUGCUGGGCGUUUAUUUAAAACAUGUAAUAAUCGUAAGGCUUCCAUUGAGGUUUGCGCCGUUCUGCUGGCAUUGCUGAAUGGUGGCAUGUCGGAUUUUAUACAAAAAUCCAUUUUACCGGAUGUUUACCAGACCCACACGGCAAGUAUUUCAGCCCGCCAAUCAUUUCAUUUUAUUCAACUUUAUUUGUCGGGACAUUUUCGCCAGUAUGACUAUGGCAGUCAGGGGAAUUUAGAGCAUUAUAAUCGUACCACACCUCCGGAUUAUGACGUGAAAAAUAUACAGCCUCGGUUCCCUUUUCAUUUUUACUACAGUGAUUUUGAUGAUUUCUCUACGAAACCGGAUGUUGAGAAAUUCAGUGGUGUUCUCGGGAAUCGAAGUGUUCUGCAUUUCGUGAAUUUGAAGAAAUUUGCCCAUUUCGAUUUUAUGUGGGGUUAUAAUAUUAAAAAACGCAUUAAUCCAGUUGUAAUGAAAAUUAUGCAGGAUACGGAGGAGGUAUUACAAAGUGAAGACUCUCAGGAUUAA